CAGAAUGCGAUUCCAAUAAGACGUUCAAAGCGAUGCGUGGUAGUGUCAUUCAGUAUUCCUAUUGGAACGGUUGUUGUGUAAUUUGCUGCUGCCUAUCGUUCAAAACGACGUAGAUUCUUGUUUUGAAAUAAUAUUUUCCGAAUUUUUGUCGCACGAUGAUUUCAGCUCGAGCCCUACACUAUGUGUUUAAAAUCGGAAAUCGAGCGAAAAAUGCGCAUUUUUUUCGGGAAAUUCUCGGCAUGAAGGUUUUGCGACAUGAAGAAUUUACUCAAGGAUGUGACGCCGCUUGUAACGGCCCCUACGAUAAUCGCUGGAGUAAAACCAUGAUCGGUUACGGACCGGAGUCGGAUCAUUUUGUGAUCGAGUUGACCUACAACUACGGUGUCAAGGAGUAUACUUUGGGCAACGACUUCGGGGGUGUCACCAUCCGGUCGGCGGAGGUAAUCGAGCGAGCCACGAAACAGAACUAUCCGAUGGUACGGGAAGAUGAUCACUUUUUGCUGGUGUCUCCGGACGGGUACAAAUUUUUCGUAUUCAAUGAAAGCAAGGGGGCGGAUCAGGAUCCGGUGAAAAAAGUGACUUUGAACUGUACCGAUCUGGAACGGUCCGUUCGAUACUGGCAAGACACGCUGCAGAUGAAACAACUUGCUAAAGACGAUCGUUCGGUGGAGUUGACCUAUCAGGAAAAUGGAUUCGUCUUGGAGCUGAGAAAAAUUCAAGCUCCGUUGGAUCGCGCUAAGGCCUAUGGACGCAUUGCUUUCGCAGUGCCACUGGAUUUACAACCGAAGAUAGAAGAAGUGAUCAAGCAAUCGAAAAACGUAAUUUUAACACCGCUCAUUUCUUUGGAUACACCCGGAAAAGCAACGGUUCGUGUCACGAUUUUGGCCGAUCCGGAUGGACAUGAAAUUUGCUUUGUCGAUGAGGAAGGUUUUUCCCAGCUGUCCGAAGUGGAUCCGGCCAGCGACGAACAGCUGGACAAGUACAUCAAAAAAGACCCAUUCCAAGAAUAAUAAAAGUUUUUUUUUGUUAAUACCUGUUGAAA